UACAUUACUAGUCCAGCUACAAAAAACCUGUUUGAUCAAUUACUUCACCACCUAAACCAAAGCUAGCCAAAAAUGGCACAGAAGAUUGAAUCACAUCCUUCCACCAUUACAACAGCCACCACAGAACCACCACAAACCACCCAAGACCACCCUAUAACCACCACCACCACCACAAAAAACCAUAAACUCACACUCAUCCCUUUAAUUUUCCUCAUAUAUUUUGAAGUAGCUGGUGGUCCAUAUGGUGAAGAACCAGCAGUUAAAGCAGCUGGUCCUUUAUUAGCAAUUCUUGGUUUUUUAAUUUUUCCAUUUAUUUGGAGUGUUCCUGAGGCUUUAAUUACAGCUGAACUUUCAACAACUUUUCCUGGUAAUGGUGGUUUUGUUAUAUGGGCUGAUAAAGCUUUUGGUCCUUUUUGGGGUUCAUUAAUGGGAACAUGGAAAUUCUUAACUGGUGUUAUAAAUAUUGCUUCUUUUCCAGUUUUAUGUAUUAGUUAUUUAGAAAAUAUUUUUCCUGUUCUUUCAUCUGGGGUUUCAAGAAAAUUAGCAAUUCUUGGGUCAACACUAUUUUUAAGUUUUGUUAACUAUACUGGUUUAACAAUUGUAGGGUAUGUUGCAGUUGUACUUGGUGUUAUUUCACUUGCACCUUUUAUUAUAAUGUCAUUAAUUGCUAUACCAAAAAUUCAUCCUCAUAGAUGGAUAAGUUUAGGUCAAAAGGGUGUGAAAAAAGAUUGGAAUUUAUUUUUUAAUACCCUUUUUUGGAAUUUAAAUUUUUGGGAUAAUGUUAGUACUAUGGCAGGAGAAGUUGAAAAUCCAAAAAAAACAUUUCCAAUAGCAUUAUUUUCAUCUGUUAUUUUUACUUGUUUGGGGUAUAUU